AUGGAUGAGCUCAACACAGUAGAUAGUAAGGGUGGCCAAUUCCAGGAGAUCCCUUGCCUGGAGGACAUGCUUGGGAUUGAGCCGCUGGAAAUACACUUCCCCUUUAAACGUGACCCGCAGAUAUCACACUCAAUUGAGCUGACCAACGAUACGGAUGAUUACAUUGCCUUCAUGACAAAGGCAAGGUCACGCCGCUUCCGCAUAGAGCCAGACAAGGGCAUUGUCCCACCAGGAUCCAAGUGUAGUGUCACCGUAACAACGCAAGCACAGGUCAAUGCACUGCCAAAUAAUCGCCACAAGGAGGAGAUCACCGUGCUGAGCACCAGAGUAGAUGGAGGUCUUGCUGCUAUGGAUAUAACUGGAGACGUGUUCAUUGAGAAGGAGGGUACUGUGGUUGAUGAGGUGAAUGUGAUGGUUGUUUUUGACAAACCACCACCGGCUGACGAGGAAUCCUGA